GGUUUCUAUCGUUUCAGUCUUCCCACUGUAUUCACGUGUAGAUGGCGACUGUAAGUUUCCAUGAGUUGGGUCUGGAUGACCGGCUGUUAAAGGCUAUUGCAGACUUAGGAUGGUCAAAGCCUACUUUGAUUCAGGAAAAGGCUAUCCCUCUUGCCCUCGAGGGAAAAGACUUGCUAGCCCGGGCUAGGACAGGAUCUGGGAAGACUGCAGCUUAUUCUAUUCCUAUUAUCCAGAACCUUCUGCAGUCAAAAAUGACUGUUUCUGAACAGGCAAUUAGGGUCAUAAUUCUUGUUCCCACAAAGGAGCUUGGUCAGCAGGUUCAACAAAUGAUUCGCCAGCUGACGUCCUACUGUGCACGUGAUAUCAAAGUCACGGAUAUCUCUGGUCAGGCUGACAUCUCUGCUCAAAGGCCUAUUCUGAUGGAGAAACCGGACAUUGUUGUGGGCACUCCCUCCCGUGUGCUUUGUCACAUGAAUCAACAAACGAUAUGUGUGCGGGACACUCUACAGGCACUCGUGAUAGAUGAAGCUGACCUAAUUUUCUCAUUUGGGUUUGAGGAGGAUCUGAAAAAUUUACUGUGCCAGCUUCCAAAGAUCUUUCAGUCCUUCCUAAUGUCUGCUACUUUUAAUGAAGAUGUCAAGGCCCUAAAGGAGCUUGUCCUUCACAAUCCUGUGACUUUGAAGCUGGAGGAGUCCCAGUUGCCCGACUGCUCUCAGCUCAUACAAUAUCAGAUCCAGUGCGAGGAAGAAGAUAAGUUCCUGCUGCUUUACACUCUUCUCAAACUCUCACUUGUUCGCGGGAAAACAAUUAUUUUUGUAAAUGAGGUGGAGAGAAGUUAUAGGCUCAAGCUCUUCCUAGAGCAGUUCAGCAUCCCGGCUUGUGUACUAAAUUCUGAGCUUCCUGUUCAUUCACGGUGUCACAUAAUCGGGCAGUUUAAUCGUGGUGUCUAUGAUUACAUUAUUGCCACUGAUGAACACACUUUAGCUAAUCCCAGUGGGAAAGGAAGGAGGUCAGAAGGCAGGAAAAAGAAAGGAGGCAGAGGGGAGAGGGCCCAGGAUAGUGAAUAUGGAGUGUCUCGCGGGAUUGAUUUUCAGAAUGUUUCUACAGUAUUAAACUUUGAUUUCCCCCAGUCUGUUGACUCCUACAUUCACCGUGCAGGAAGAACAGCUCGUGCUAAUAAUCCUGGUGUUGUUUUGACCUUUGUGGCACAUACAGAGCUUCCCCAUCUAAAGGAUAUUGAGGAGGCAUUGGGAGGAGAUGGCCCUGAGGGUUGCCCUCUGCGGCCAUACAAAUUUCGAAUGGAGGAGGUUGAAGGCUUCAGGUACCGAUGUCGAGAUGCUAUGAGGUCGGUUACCAAACAUGCGAUAAAAGAGGCACGGUUAAAGGAGAUAAAGGAAGAACUGCUGAACUCCGAGAAACUCAAGACUUAUUUUGAGGAUAAUCCGAGGGACUUUAAUCUACUACGACAUGAUAAACCUUUGCACCCAGCCAUUGUCAAACCACAUCUCAAAAAUGUUCCCGACUAUCUAAUACCCCCCACCCUGCGUGCCAUCGCUAACCCCCUUCUCCGAAAAAGAAGAAAGAGAAAUCUGAGAACUGGAGGUUUCGGAGGCUUGGAUGCAAGGUCAAAGUUUUCACGGACACAGAACCCACUACGCAGCUUUAAACACAUGCCAAGCAGGAGGAGAACAUUAGCCAACAAAGGAACAAAGAAAUCCUGAGAAUGAUUUCUUGCGUUACCCUUCCAUUAGCUUGUACUGGCCAAGAGCAGAAAUGAACAUCAGAAUAUUUAUUGUGAAACGGGGGCUGCUAACUCCACACCUUGAUGUGUGGUUUAACAACAAGUUGAGAUUGAGAGUAUUGGAAUUUGUUAAACGUCCCAGCGGUGCCUGCAGAUGAUAUGGAUGCUGACCCAGCUGCCAGAAGACACAUACAAUGCCUCUUAUUGUUGGAGAAGGGAUUAUUUUAACUGAAGAGCUCAGGCUUGCAGACCAUGUUUAUUUUCACCCCCUACCUCUAUAAAUUACUUUUUUGUCUUUUCCAAUGGUCAUUUGUUGUGUGUUCUGAUAAAGGGUUUUUUAAAUAUUAUACCAACUCUUCGUAUGCAGGACAAUAAAAUAUUUGCUGGUUAUUUGUAUAAA